AUGGCACAUUCAAUCUCCUCGAAACCCCCUUGGUCCGAUGAGGUCAUUGAUCAUUUCACAAUACAGGGCUUGGAUCUUGUCAGCCUUGUCGAAUACCAUGGAGAAGAUCUCCAUGCCGAUAUACAACUUCGAAUGGUUGCAGCAAAGAAGGUCGAGAUGCAGAAUCACAUUGAUCGACUCGCCGCCUUUCCUUUUGCUGAACUCGAUGACAAUGAAUUUCACCGUGUCAACCAACAGUCUUCAUCAAAUGAAGUUUCCGAAAAUCCCGAAGAGAAGAAUGCUUUCAACCUUUUCGACUCCAACGACUUUUGGGGUAUCGAGACGAAUGACAAUAGUGGAGGUUGGGGUACGGAUGCUUGGGCCACGGACGGCGACACUUCCUCCUGCAGUGACGACUGCAACAGCAUAGUGGACGAAGAUAUCAGCUUCUUUGAAAGCCAUAUAGAUAUGCCAGACGAUGCAGGCAUGUUUGAACCGUCUUCGUGUUUCGGAGAGGGCGAAUGUCCAGGCGGCUUUGCCUCCAUUGCUGUCGAGUGGGGCGAUGGAGAGUAUGGCACGAAUGUUACGUCCCUCGAAAAGAGGCUCAAGUGGAAGUUUCCAUCAGCUUUUGAAAUGAAUGAAAAGACAGUCGCCCAUACCGAGGACGACAUGGGCCACUAUCUGGAGGCGGCAGAUUUUCUGAUAAGGCAAGCCAAACGUCUAUGUGACCAGCGCCUAGAGCGGCAGAAAAGAGCCUUUCGCAGGAUGACGAGACUCCCGUACACGAGGGAGGAUCUUUGCAAAAGCACGUCUGUCGUUGAUUGGGAUUUGGUCACCAGAAAUCUGAAUACACGCAUGGCUGAGCGCAAGACAUUUAAGAGAUCCAAGCUGUCGUUUGAGAUUUGUUGA